UUGUAUAUUUAAACAUGGCGGAGGGGGCAGCGGCGACUGGAUCGGUUGAGCUGUUUGUACUUUAAACACACAACAGAAGGAUUCACAGUUAAUGUGACGCCGCGUGGAAAGGCCGGUGGGUGGAGGGGACACUGCUGAGUGAGCAGAACUGGGUUCAUCUUAGAACUGGCUGGGAAUUUGCCGUGUUUUCCCUCGAAACAAAAAGCUCGAGCUCAGUCAGAAGCCACGAAAACAAGUCGGACAUGAACGGGGAAAUUGUGCACAAUGGCUGUUCAGUCAGCGCCUUAAACUGCACCAAGUCCUUAUCACUUCAUCACAAUGAAAAAACUGGCAAAGUGGAAAAAGAGGAAACCUGUUCUACAAAAUGCCCCCAGCAGAACGAUGUUGAGAGGCAGGAAGAGGAAAGGAGAACAAACACAAUCAGCUCGACACCAAAAGACUUCCAGACUGACUUGGUAGAAGGUAAUUACAGCCGAUCUUCACCCUGCUGGCCAGAUGAACACCAGUCUCCACCGCAGCCCCACCAAACUCAGAACUGCCUCCACACCCCCACUGAGGUGUCUUUUCCCCUCAGUAAUGGCGUGUCUUACAGCACCACACCCCCCACCCCCCAGAGGAGAGCAGCCCGAGUCAAGGUCAAAGGAAAGAAGUCCACACGAAGAAUUGCAGCAGGUGGAAACCAAAACCGAAAAAUUACAGAGUACUAUCCAAUAAGGCGAAGCUCAAGAAAAAGUAAAACAGAGCUGAAGUGUGAACAAAAGAAGCUCAUAGAUGAUCUCAUCACUAAAGGAAUAGAGGAAGGAAUGGAGGUGCAGCAUAUAGAAGGAAAGGGCAGAGCAGUCUUUGCCACGCGAUGUUUCCAAAAAGGCGAGUAUGUGGUGGAGUACCACGGAGAUCUGCUCCAGAUCCAUGAUGCUAAGAAGAGAGAGGUGGAAUAUGCUGAGAACCCUGCGACUGGCUGCUACAUGUACUACUUUCAGUAUCUCUGCAAAACAUACUGUGUGGAUGCCACAAAAGAGACUGGUCGGAUGGGCAGAUUGAUCAAUCACAGUAAAAACGGAAACUGCCAAACCAAACUGCACGACAUCAGCGGCAUUCCUCACCUCAUCCUUGUUGCCUCUCGAGACAUAGACGAGGGUGAGGAGCUUCUCUAUGACUAUGGAGAUCGCAGCAAAGCCUCGAUCGCCGCGCACCCUUGGCUCAAAAAUUGAUCUGGGUGUCGUCUUCAAGAAAAGGGAAAUGUAUUGUGUUUCUCAUUAGCUAGUGUUAAGCUGCCUUAGAAACAGAAUGUGUACUGUUGGAUUUUUUUUUUUUUUUUUUUUUUCCCCCCCUCUUCGUCUUUUCCCCAAAAGGCCAAGAAGGAUGCUGGAUGGUGGUGCUGGGUACAUUUUAACUGAGGUACAUCUGCCUUGUAGGAUAACAUCUCUGAAUUUAUUUAUAUGUAUACGACUCAUGACGGUUGUUUUUGCUGCACAUUUCUUUUGUACAUUUUGUAUUUUCUGUAGACUGAUGCUUCUACAGCAUGUCGGUAAUGGUUAACGCUCUGUGUUUUUAUACUGCUUUUUCUUAAUAGUUUAUUUCAUACUGAGCAAUACUCUCAUUUGUGGAGUCAGACCAGAACAACGGAUACAAAUUACAAGCCAUUUAAAAAUAUAAUGAAAUAAAAUUUGGCUCAGUGGAAUUUUAUUACAGCUCCUGUAAAGAUGCUCCCACAAACCAAUUAAUAAUUUAUUGUUCAUCAGCAGGAUAACAGUUUAUCAAACUCACGGCUCAGUUGAAUAAAUGGAUUACUUCAUGUUCCAAACUGUUACACAGUGGCUGAUUACCAAAACUAUUGUUUAAUGAAUACUGUAAUUUGAUUUUUAAAAAUGCUGUCAUUUAAAUGAUAUAGUAAAAGCAUUCAAAGGAUGAUUGUUUAUUCCAAUUAAAUUUAAAUGCAUACAGAUCAUUAAGACUAAACUGGAUAAAUCUGCAUCAUUUUGACUUACUUAAAUAAUUCAGUGUUUUUGCUGCUAUCGUGUCUUAAUAUCUUCUGACUUCAGUGAAUUGUAAGAUGGUUAACUGAUACUACUUAACUGCACUUUAUAUGAAAUAGUUUAAGGGUCUUUCAUGAAAUACAUGUACAUGGUAUGCUUCCCAAAUUGUACAUUUUUUUUUGUUUGUUUUUUUUUUUAUGUGUGAAAUCUACAUGCUAAAGACCAGAACUCGUCUGGGCCGUGAGUUUGGCAAACAUGUUCAGUUUCAGCUGUAUAACAUCUUUAAGAGGCUAAAAAUAACUGUUCUUCCAAUGGAAACAAAUGGAUAACUACAGGAAGUAUUCAGCAGCUGAGCUGCCAGCAGGUCACAUUUUUCUUUUGCUUUUUAUUUUGUUCUCAAACUCGAACUGAAUGUGGAAAAAGUUGAGAUUUUUCCCCCAGAUAUUUAAGGCAGUGUUUCAUGUUCGAGAUGUUUUGUGCAAUCUGUCUUUCAUGACAAAUCAACUGGUCUCCUUUAAACAGACAAAC